AUGGUCUUCCAGACACCCAUCGACCAUUAUUCUUUGCUUCCUGUCCCUGAGCCAAUUCUAGAUCCAAACUACCACUUUGCUAUCGUUGCCAUGGGCUUUUACUUUCCUGAUCAGCCUGCCAAGAUUACAAUUGAGGAAAGCGUCAUUAACAAGACUAAUCUGACUACAAUCUUCUGCAUGCUACUCAAGAGCUACCAGAGAUUUAGUUUGCACGGUUUUGAGAAUAAUCACACUCGGCUGACAACCAUUACCACGGCAGGUUUCAGUGGGAUCUUCCUGUCCCGGCCCGCAGCAAUGGGUAAACACAAGUGUGAGCCCGACUGGGGAGUGGGGGACACGGCAGGUGAAAACUGGUGCCUUUACAUCGGCACCAAGGUCAAUCAACAGGUACUUGCUUUUGGGAAUUUGUCAGGGGAAAAAAAACCCCAGCAGCAAGAGAUUUUUUUCUUCACUUUGGUCAUUGCUGAAGACACAAAUGGGGCCAGAGGCAGAUGGAUCUGGGAUGCUCUGACUGACAACUACAUAAUGAGCACGGCUGAGGACUGGAGGGCAGCACGGCUGCAGGAGCUCAAUAUGAAUCUCUCCAACAUUGAGGCCAGUGACAAGGACAGUAUUACUGAGGAUGGAGAGUUAAUUGAGAAGUUGGACAUCAUCGUUUCCUGCACAAGUGAGGAACCUCUCUUCACAGCUGAACAGGUCAUUGAGGAGAUUGAAGAGAUGAUGCAGAAUUCCCCUGAUCCUGAUGUUGAGGAGACUCCAUCACAGUCUGACAAGGUUCCAGUCCACUCGCAAGAGGUGCAGGUGUUAAAACCACCCAACAGCAACAAUAACUUCCAGACAGAAGACGUGAAGCAGCUGACCGAGGCUGAAGUGGGUGAGCUGUUGGUGCAGAUUGAAUUGGCUGUUAAAGAUUACUCGGAGGAGCUGAUAGAGCAGCUGGCACUGCGUGACGAGCUGGAGUUUGAGAAGGAAGUGAAAAACAGCUUCAUCUCCAUACUCCUCGAGGUGCAGAACAAGCAGAAGGAGCAUCGGGAAACAAUGAAGAAGAAAAAGAAGGAGAAAGGCGGAAUUCCAGCCAGCAUCAGGCAGGAGAGAGCAAACCACAUGCCUGUGAAGCGUUUUAGCAUGGAAGGAAUCUCCAGUGUCAUCCAGAGUGGCAUUCGACAGACCUUUGGAAACUCAGGCAACGAAAAACAGUACCUAACCACAGUAAUACCAUAUGAGAAGAAAAACACCCCACCAACAGUUGAUGACCUUCAAAUACUGACCACAAUUCUUCUGGCCAUGAAGGAGGACAGUGAGAAGGUUCCUGUGUUACUGACAGACUACAUUUUAAAAGUUUUGUGUCCAACUUAAAUCCAGGCAUUGUCCCCAUGGAAAGCCAGGAUUGACUGGGCUGCCAGAUUUCCGCUUGCAGGCUGCAUUCCAAGGCCAAAAUAACUUCCCGACAGCUAACUACGUGAAACUGUCU